AUGACCUCAGUGACUUGGCUCGGGGCUUUCUGCGGCGUCUGCGCAUUUAGCGUGGGGGUCUCGGCAGAUUGCCUGUCCUCCAUCCAAGUGGUGGACCAGUUUCUGUCGGAGGCGGAAGUAGGCAUCUUGAAGAGCACCAGCGGGGACAAGCUGCCCCACCAGGGCAUCCAGCAGCGUCUGGAGAAGGCCUUGGGCGGAAGCCUUGUGGUGAAGGGCAUCCCAAGUUCGCGCAAGACCGCGGACGUGGCGAAGCACCAGGACCAAUGGAGCAGCAAGCGCGUUGUGGAGGGAAAGGCGGGCAUAGUCUACCUGGAGUCCGCCGCAGACGGCGGCAACCUGGGCAGCAUCCUCUUCGAGGACCCCGGCUCCAAG